GCUUCACAAACCCCGCCUCCUGCGCUCUCCCCUCGGUCUGGCUCUGUCAACCACUCGACUGUUGUGCAGCCAUUUUACCCUGGAACGGCGAGACAGAGGCGGCCAGAGGAUGCCUGCACAUUGCCGCUAAGAGCUGAUGAAGAUGUCUUUGGAGGUGCGAGGUGCUCUGGUCGGCCGACCUGUGGCCUUCGCUAAUGAGGAGCAGAAGGUGAUCCACUCCUGGUCACGGGUCUCUUCAGCGGGACACGAUGUCAUCCUGGACGCACUCCACAUCCUCAGCCCCAAAUCCAGGGAACUCUCUCACACGGACCAGCUGCUCAGCUUCCUCCAGGAGCUACGGGACGAGGGCCACAGACCCACCAUCCUCCAGAGCAAAGACGUUUACCGAUAUCGCUCCUGCAUGAGCCUGCCUCUCACCGUGGAUAUGCUCAAACAGGCCAAUAAGAACGCCAGACCCGCUGCCAAGAAGAAGAAGAAGAAACCGCACAAAAAGAGGGAGGUGCAUCCGUCAUGGAGCUGUGAGCAGAGUCGGCCUAGGAUCCAGGGAGUGCGGCCACCGGAGCCCAGACUGAACUCUAGACCGGUGUUUGUCUUCAGCAGACCCUUGGUGCGAGGCCAGGACCCUCCAGUGCAGCCCUGCCUGCGCCUCACCAACAUCCAGGGCCAGUCGGGUUACCACACGGCCCGGCUCCAGAUCCAGCCCACCUUUAACCCUGCUGUCAAACCCCCUGCUGGACUGCCCCCACUCUCCUCUGUGCCUCCCCCGUCCGGACUGCCCUCCCAGCCCCCCCUGCAGAACGGCGUGGUGGCCCUGUUCAGUCAGAAAACGCAGUCAUGUCCGGCCUCCAGGUCCGAUGAUGCUCUGAUUGGAGACUCUGCACCUGUUUUUGACGCACAGACUCAGCUUCAAACUCGAAGCAACCAGUGGCACCCGCCCCGCCGAAGCCCGAAAGAGACACGAAACUCCUGGAAGGAGAGGCACAGGAGGCGCCUUCGAGCCAAAGUUAUAAAAGUGGAUGAGUCGCGGUCGGUCACAGAGGCAAGGUUAAAGGCCCAAAAGAUCUUGCAGGUGAACUUGUCGCCUGUGAUAAAAAUCCAACCAUUUCAUUGUAUCCUCAGAGACUUUCGGUACCAGAUCAAAUAGGAUCCAUCAGAUUUAAACUUGAGUAGGUUUUAAUCAAGCUUUUCCACUGCAUAGUUUUCAUUUUUGGCUUACCUUAUUUUGAAUUUCGGUCUUCAGCAAACUGAAUUUACUUAUGAGUUUUCAAACUAAAGUCCACGGUUCAAAGACUCGAUUAAUUAUUGAAGAUUAAAUGGUCCCCCUUACUUUCUUAGAUUUUAGAUUAGCUGUGUAUAUUUAGUUUAUUAAUAAUUAUUCACUUGUUUAACCUAUUUUGUCCAAAUGUCUUGAGUGUGUAUGCCAAGUUCUCACUUUUGUUCUAGUCCUCUUAUUUAGUGCAGUGUUGCUGAUUCUAGCUCAAAAUUUAGUGCCUGGGUUGUCAACUGGUACAUGGGGACCUCAGAAUCAGUGGUUGUAAAGGGAGAUGUUUUGACCCCAGUAGGGAAUGACAAACUUGCAUCAUUUGCCUUUUUAACUUAUUGCCUCAACUUUUUUUGUGUUAUUUGGGCAGAUACCCUGUCCUUUUAUUUUAUUUUAUUUUGUGCAAUUCAUACACAAAAUCUCAAGCAUUAAAGUCUUUGUUCUUUUAAUAUUUCUGAUUAGUGCUGGGUUCACUUCCAAAAUCCAAGUUUUUCUAUAAUGCCAUAUGUGUGAAAACUGAAAAUUAAUGAUUAAAAAUCAUAUAUAUAUGUAUUUGCAUAUGAAAAGGGCUGCAUGAAUUCCUAGAGGAUUUGUCCAUUUGAAGUAGCCUUAUGACGAUUUUUUGUUUGUUUUUUGGAAAGGAACUGAAAUCUAGAUCAGAUAUUCGAAUGGAAAGAUGCAGAAAUUAACUCCAGAUUCUACACAAUCACUCAAAAUGUAAAGAUGUUUCCCCCACACAUGAAAAGUCCAGUUCUGUUUUGGAAUGUGUCACAGUAUGGCAUUAAACCUUUCUAUCUUCAUGGAGACCAGACCAGGCUAAGUUACAGGUUAGAUCUGUGGAGAGGCGACUCCGCUCACAGUCACAAUGCCUGUUUUUCUGGGUAUUUUUGAGCUAUUAAACCACCUGUAAUUGAAUAAAUGUAAGUAGAGCUCUUUAAUGUCAUACUGUGGAACAUUCCAGGGAGACCACUGGCAUAUCCAUAAAAACAAGCAGGCAACAAACCUCCAACCAUAUAUAUUAUAUUAUAAACUCACAUACAUUAACAAGUAUCAUAGUAAUUGUUCAUUAGCAUGUGUCAGUGAAAUUACAUGGCUGAGACCGUUGGCUUUGAGAUUACACAUUUUUGCCUAUAACUUGACAGAAUUUUAAAUUUUCUCUUGAUCAAUGCUUGGUCCUGGCUAGGUUUCAUGUGGUGAGUUAUCUAUCUUUUAUUAGUAUCUUUAAUGUGAAUAGGUCAUCUACAGAAUUGUGAAAAUAUGUAGAUUGUUUGCCUAUCCGUGGGUUUCAGAGUGAUAAUGAAUCAGCAAUUAUUAAUAAUUCAAAACAGAGUGUUCUAUCUUUUGAACAGUCAAAAGUCCUCAAUCUUGCCCAUGACUUUGAGAUUACUACAGGUGCAGUCACACUUCUGUCCUGGUGUGAGAUCAGUAGAGCUUGGUUGGUCCUGUUCUAGUUUUGGCAGUGCUGUAAUGCAGUUGCGCAAGGCCCCAGUGCAAGUCUGGUGCUGGGCCCCCUCUCCUCCCUCCAACUAGGAAAUUGUGGACUGGGGGAGGAGGUUUACUCCUAGGGGCCGUCCACACAACAACAUUUUUUGGUCAAAAUGGAGAAGUUUGUAUUCGUUUUGGCCCACGGAGCUGGCAUUUUGGGUGGGCAAAAAUUGAGAUUUUUGAGAACGGGUUCCAGAGUGGAGAAAUCUGAGAACGCUGGCGUCGUGUGGACAAAACAAACAAACCUCAGCUUUUCGAAAACAAUGACAUCAUGAUCCUGUCAUUGCCAGAGUCCUCCGAUGCAGUGAAGCCUGCAGCCCUCGAACUAGCCUCCACAGACCGCAAGAGCGUUGCCAAAAUGGGACAGGUGUAGCCUAUGGAGCCGCACCCAUCACCUAGCAACCGAGACAAACUGUUAGCGACAAUACUAACAACUCGCACCACAGAUUAUGCACAGGGAUCAAUAACAAAGACUUUGUUUACGCUGAAAGAAAUCCGCAUAUCACCGUAUCAGAAACGAUUUGCGUCCAGACACGUUUCUGUGUGUACAAGUCUUCCCUAUCCACACAACUUUGAACAUAUUUGUUUACGUUUUACAGAAACGAAACUUAAAACCGCAUGGCUAAUUAGCAUAAACUAAGUGCUCAAAAAACAGCUCACUAUUGUGUGCUGAUGCGGUUCACCUUCUGGUGGACUAAAAAACACGACUCAGUGGAUGAAAUGUUUUUUUCUGUGACUUGUGUUUAACUUUUGCACAACAAAACUGCUAUAUUUCUGGAAUACAUUUAAAUAGACUAAAUUACCUUAAAGUUUAAAAAACGGUGAUGAGAUACGCAUUAUUAAAUACCAUUAUCAUUGUUAACAGUGCCACAUACAGGUGUGGCAGAUGUAUUAUAUCGUUUUCACUCAGUGCUCCAUUGUCAUGUGGACGUGAACAUUUACUGAUCCAGCACGUGUGUGGACGCAAAUUUUUUUUCAACCUGCAAAGAAAAUAAUCCAGGAGCAUUGUCGUGUGGACGUAGCCCUAGUUUACUCCUAUUAGGUAAAUGAAUACUUCAAGUGUGUAUGACAGGUUGUACUACUCAUUUGAUUAAAACACACUUAUUUAAGAUUUUGUUCAUUUGGAAGUUUCUUUUUUGUUCUAAAUGUUUGCUUCCUGAUUUGAAAUCAUGACAUCACAUUAGGGAUUUCCAUAACUUACCUAGCAACCAUGUAGUACACUGGGCCAAAACUUCUCUAAUGUACACAGAAAUUAUCAUCUGACAAAUAAAAAUAUAAGAAAACCUUAAUUUAGCUGAAAACAUGUUCAAAGUAUCAGAAAAAUGUGUUUCUUGUGUAAAUUGUGCUGAACAUUUGGGCAGAAUCCUUCCUUUAGUGUGAUGUGAAUCACUCCAAAAUAGAACUCUCCACUUCCUGUAUAAUUUUCAACAUAUUUUUUCUUCACAAAUUGCUUCUUGACUGGUGUAAAAGUAUAAUUUACAUUUACACAGGUAUUAACCCACCAAAUGAAGUAAAAAUAAGAGAAUCAUUAAAACCUGCAAACAAAUGCACAAAGCUGAUGUUACUGUUUAGCCUUGAACUAAAUAAUACUGAAGAGUGUGUACAUUAUAGUUUUUUUUAGUGCUAUGGAGUGAGUCUGUUUCUGGUCCACAAACACUUCUAGGUUUCUUUAAACUCUUGUUUCUUAAAAACCUGCUCAAGUCUUUUUUUUAUACUGUGUUUGUCAAUAGUUAAGCCAAAGGUGACCAAAUGCAGUGGGAAAGUCAAAUUAACAUUGUUGUCUUAAUUUGAAUGUUUUUUUUGUUGUUUUUUUUGUCGUUGCCAUAGCAUGUUUUCUUUGGGGCUAAAAAGGCAUCAGUGACAUCUACAUUUUCACUGCUUCUUAUUAAUUUUAUCAUUUGAGUCAUUGAUCUGAAAUAAAAUGUACACUGUGA